AUGGCGAGUUUGGAUGAUUUCCUCGGGCAUUUCGACAUGCUUUUCGAUGAUGACCGCAACCGAGCUUAUGCUGCUGCUAUACGAAGCGCGGCUGAAGAGCUGAGGCGAGCAAAGCCAUCGCAACCGCUAAGAGCUCUUGACUUAGGAAGUGGCUCCGGGUUGCUGGGCUUGCUCUGCUGGCAAACAGGACUGUUCGAACAGGUGGUGCUCAUCGAAGCGUGUCCUCCGCUAGCUGAAGCGGCACGCGAGAACAUCAGGAGAAAUGGCGCAGAGCGAUGCUGCUCGGUGUGGGAGGGACACUCUUUCGAGCUUCUCCACGGCGAGAAAGCCAAGGACACAUCUUUUGAUCUCUGCGUUUCCGAACUCCUGGAUGCAGUUCUGAUUGGCGAAGGCGUGCUGCCGACGCUGCGACAUGCUGCAACUUCACGAAGCUUCAAUCCAGGCCCUGAGCUGAUCCCACGUCGUGCCCAAGUCUUUGGUCGAGUCUUCCGAUCGAAGGCGCUCUGGGAGCGGCACCGCGGUGCUUUUGAAGAUUCGAGCCUCGUGCGCUUGCCGGAGGAUGUGAUCCGUUGUCCAGGGCUCCAUGCAGCUGAACAUGUGCACCUGGGGCCAUUCCUUGAAACAGGUCUCCUAGAGUUUGUCUCGGAGCCGUUCGAGGUCUUUGACUUCGACUUUGCUGCGGUCACCGCGCUGCCUUCGUGUGGCCGGCGUGUGGCACUGCACGUGCCGCUGAUGCCUGGCGAAGCACACGGCGUUGCGCUCUGGUUUGAGGCUGAGCUUUUCGGCUCAGUCCGAAUCUCCACGUCUCCGGGGCAGCCCUUGCGCGAACACUGGCGCCAGGCCGCCCUCUGCUUCCGCACGCCCGUCGUCGUCGGCUCCGAGCCUUUGGAGCUGGAGGCACACCAUGAUGACGACGCUGUUUGGAUUUCGCUUCCUCGUCGAUCGCGCCAGAAGCUGCAGCCUGGCCGGCCGCCAACUUGCAGUUGCGGCCUGCACGCAGCCACUUCUCGGCGCCGCCUCGGUGCCCUCGGUGCCGAAGGAGCCUGGACCUUGCAGCUUCCCGAAGCCGAGAAGGGCUUUGGCGCCUUGGUCCUGGGAGAUGGCCCCAACCUGGCAAUCAGGUUGGCCAGACACGGCUACAACCCGGUGGUGUCUGUGGGACCAGGCAUGUUGAACUCCAACAUCAUCCAGAAGUUUGCCGCUAGUAACGGCAUGCAAGAAGUGCUCAAAGCAGCGCUUCUUGUGGGGGACAUUGUGCCGGAGGGUGAAGAGACCAAGAGAAAGCAUCGGCGGAUCGAUGUUCGGUCGGUCCAAAAGCGGCAAACGGAUGAGUCUGAGGCAGACAGCUUUGAAGACCUUGAGGACUUUCAAUGGGCAUCCCUGGCCGAGAGCUUGGAGGCGUUCGACGUUAGCUGGGCUGCAUUUUCCGACUUCUGGUACGAAGCUGCCGCGGAGGACUGGAGAUUCCACCACUACGCCAUCUUCGCUCAGAGCCUCCAUGCACUGCACACCACCGGUUUGAAGGUACUUGCUCCGCCAUGCUCGUGGACACUGCACGCUGCUGCCUUCGAGUCCGAGUGGCUGGCGAGACGACUGCGUCCCAUACCGAACGAUCUUGAUCCCUGGCAGGGUAUAGAUCUGCGAGCUCUAAACGCACUGCAUGCAGGUCAACCAAAAUCAGGCUUUAGCGCCGACGUCUUUCCGCUGGUCAGCACAAAGAUGCUGCGGAUCGUGUCGCACAGCGCCGAGGUGCUUCAGCUGCCUUGCCGCUGGGAGAGCCGCCUCGAGGAUUGGCAAAGCAUUGAGCUUUCCGUCCAGCGACCAGCACAUGGCGUCUUGCUCUGGAUCCAACCAAAGGCGUUGGCAGCAGCGACAGACAUCAAGUUGUACGAUGCUCUGACAGCGAGCGACAAAGCAACGAGCUUGCUCAGGCACGAGAGGUUUGGCGUGGCGUUGCUGGACGAGGCAGAUGGAGUCACUUGCGCGACAGUGCGGGUCAGGGCAAGGCUGCUUCCAGGCUUCGAGCUCGAAGUAGACGCCAAAGGUUCGAGUUCAGCUGGGCAA